AUGGAGGCGCCCGGGCUGGCCAAGGCGGCCGCGCCGGGCCCCGCGCCCCCGGAGCGCGCAGCCGAGGCCCCCGACGGCGCGCCCUUGCCCUGCCCGAGCCCCGAGGCGCCCUCGCCGGAGCCGCCCGCCUACCGCCUGCAGGACUUCGACACGCUGGCCACCGUGGGCACCGGAACAUUCGGACGGGUGCAGCUGGUCAAGGAUAAGGCGGCCAAGCACUUCUUCGCCCUGAAGGUGAUGAGCAUCCCCGACGUCAUCCGCCUGAAGCAGGAGCAGCAUGUCCACAAUGAGAAGUCGGUGCUCAAGGAAGUCAGCCAUCCGUUCCUGGUCAAGCUGUUCUGGACGUGCCACGACGAGCGCUUCCUCUACAUGCUGAUGGAGUUCGUGCCGGGCGGCGAGCUCUUCAGCUACCUGCGCAACCGCGGCCGCUUCUCCAGCAGCACGGGGCUCUUCUACUCGGCGGAGAUCAUCUGUGCCAUUGAGUACCUGCACUCCAAGGAAAUUGUCUACAGGGACUUGAAGCCCGAGAACAUUCUGCUGGACAGGGAGGGUCACAUCAAGCUCACCGACUUCGGCUUCGCCAAGAAAUUGGUAGACAAGACGUGGACCCUCUGUGGAACGCCCGAGUACCUGGCCCCCGAAGUCAUCCAGAGCAAAGGCCACGGGAGGGCCGUCGACUGGUGGGCGCUUGGCAUCCUGAUAUUUGAGAUGCACUCGGGGUUUCCUCCGUUUUUUGAUGACAACCCAUUUGGCAUUUACCAAAAAAUUCUUGCAGGCAAAAUAGAUUUCCCCAGACAUUUGGAUUUCAGUGUGAAAGACCUCAUUAGGAAAUUGCUUGUUGUUGACAGAACCAGGCGCCUCGGAAACAUGAAGAAUGGAGCAGAUGACGUGAAGCGACACCGGUGGUUCCGAACUGUGGAUUGGGAGGCGGUCCCACAAAGGAAACUGAAGCCCCCCAUCGUGCCCAAGCUGUGCGGCGAGGGUGAUACCUCCAACUUUGAAGCAUACCCCGAGAAUGACUGGAACACGGCCCCUCCAGUGUCUCCAAAAGACUUGGAAGUCUUCAAGAAUUUCUGAGGGCAGGACCCACAUCUGGAAGGAUGGCUUGAAGCCUGCCGGGGACAAAGAGCUGCACACGAGUCCUGAAGAAGGGUCAUGUCCGUGGGAUAAAGACAUUUCCGAAUUCUGUACAUCAGGAUGUAUAUAAAGAGACUGGAGAUCCGUACAAAGUCAUGGACCUGGCAUUAUUUAAGCAACUGGAAAUUAAGCAUCUUUAAGCAACUGGAAAUCUACUGCACAGUAGGACAUUUUGGAAAAUUGUUUCGUUGUAGAUUUUAUCUUAUCUCUUAGUGUGAUGAACCUACUGUGAUAUCUUGGUUUUCCUCAUAGACUUAACUUUAUAAGUUUAAAUGGAGCGCGUUCAGUUAUAACCACAGGUGGCGUGUGCGUGCGUGUGCGUGUGUGUGUGCGGGUGUAAAAAGACCAUAUGACUGGUGCACAGGAAUUGUGCCGUGAUGUAAAUCUUCAUACUCAGCAGAGCCUGUGAUUAUUUUCCAAAUUGCCCUUUCCAGAUCUGUGUUUCUUGGCGACAAUAGCUGCAACAGAUAGGACGUGUUGUAUUUUUUAUCAUCUUAUGUGCGUUUUGUAGUUUGUGGAGAAAACAUCGUGGGGUGGUCCACAUCCCAUGUCUUUAGUACUUCAUGUCUAGUGACUUUAGGUCUUGAAGCCAAAAGGGGAAGAGGAGGACCUAUCAAUUCGAAUUUGAGUCUUAGAAUAGCCAAUAGCCAUUAACGUUCUUCAAGGAAUUGAACGCGGUUCAGAAAUUUCCUGCAUUAUAUCCAGAAAUUUCAUAUUCCGUUGUGAGGGUAGGGGACGGGUGGCUUCCUCUUAAAAUCCAGUUGAGUUCUAGCUUAAACAAAAUGCAGAAGCUAACAAAGGACUUUCCAUGUUGCCUCAGUGGCAUGGAUGACCUUCAUGCCAAGGUUUUCUUCUAACUUUCACUGUGGGAAAAAGUAAGACACCAAUGAGCUAUAGGAUGUAAGCUCUCAGCGUCGUUAAAAUUAGCCUCUCUUGUUCCUGUCCCCAUAAAUGUUCAGUUUGAGAGCGUUUGACUAGUUUGCACACUCUGGUCUUAUCAUAGGUAGGGCGGCCCUGUAGAGACUUCUCAGGGCUGGGAUUCUAUGUUUUCCUCUCUGGACCUGAUCGUGAAGACACCACGACGAGCACCCUGCACUGUGUUUUCCCCUUGGGAUUGACUUAAUGAAAGGUAGUUGUGGACUGGGCUCCAGGGAGCGUGUUGCUAGAUGUGCGUCUUCCCAGAAAACGGUGCAUGGACUAGAGGUCCGUGCUUUCCAUGAUCCAUUGGCUUCUGUCUUGUGCUUCUCUUCCUCAUUCUGAACUUUGCUGUGUGAAUCUCAAGCGGUUGCCCAUCCUCUGCUCACCGUGACUCAGCUGGACAAACAGAGCUGCUCACACCUGUGACGUGCCUGGUAGUAGGUGUCAACGAUGACUUUCUAGUAGGCACCAGACCCUUCAACAACUGCAGAGGGACACCCACACAGACCUCCAAGACCCCUUGCAUACCCUUUCUUCUCCCAUGCUGGGUCCAGAAAAGUCAGCAUGUGCAUGCCCUGGGAGAUAUGUUGGUGCACUUGGAUGCAGGAAGACGAAAGACUGUGGACCCUCUCAAGGUGUCUCCAGCUCCCACGUUCUUGAGUCACCUCGUGGAUUCUUCACCAUCAUACACGUUGUUUUCCAAUGCUGGGCCUGGGAAGGCCUUUUCUUUCCGUGUGAGCUUUCCUACCUCUCUUCUGCAAGCACAUCUACGGAAGCAGAGAGCCGCCGUGGGGGAGAGUCACACGUGGGUUUAAGCAGCAAAAUGUCGAUGGCCAUCCAGUCGUUUAGCAGCUUUGAGCAGAUACUGCUCUCAAGUUGGAAGGCCGGGGCUCUGUGUGCCGGAAGAUGAGGUGAUGAACACACGCAGUCAUCCAAGCUUUACAAGACCCUGAAAUCGAAGCCACUCGGUAUCUCCUCCUUUCUCAUGCGUGAGCUGCUCUUCAAAUCCAAAUCCAAUAAGAUCAGAGUGACGACAAGAUUUAGUAAAAUAAACUCUUUAUAAUGUAUAAUUCAAAGAAAAAUUAUUUUCACAAGGCGUGCUGUCUGGAUGUUCCAACAGAACAGUGUUUUUUAGCCUGUACUGAGCAAUGCCCAUGCUGUUUGCAUUAAGUCGGGUGCCAGAACCGGCUAUACGUUCACCAUGAAGUUUCUUAACUGAUCAUUGGCUCUUUCAAGGCUAAGUCAGCAAAGUGACCUAUGCACUGAGAUACAAACCCAUGAGGGAAAGCAAAGAUCUCGUGUCCUCUGACUUGUAAAAGUAAAUUAUUAUUAUCUUGGAGCCCCGUGCUUCAAAAAAUUAAAAUAAAUGAAACACCUUUUUGAACACGGUAAAACGUUGUACAUAGAUACACAUUGACCCAUACGCAUAUUUUCAGGUUUAAUUCUCACCGUCCCGGAUUUAAUAUAGGAUAUGAAAAUAGCCUCAAGGAAGCAUGAAAUACAUUGCCUUAAUUUUGGACAGAUACGCACACACACAGACACACAAAACGCCAACAUUGGAAUGCACAGAUCACACAGUUCUUUAAAAACAUUGUCAUCAGCCAUCCGCCAUGCAAAACAAAUUAAAAAUUAAAGGGGAUUCCAAGAAUACCAGAUGGUGUUAAACUCAGUCUUUGCCAUUUCAAUAUUCAAAGUGGCACAUGCCGUGUGUUAACUGCCCGUGGCCGGACUGUUAAAUUACACAGAGUGACGUAAUGCAAAGACUGAUUCAAUCAAAAUGAGUCCCAAACACAUGGGACCCUCACCAUAUAUAAUUGAGAAAUACUUUAUUCGGGUGGGGACACUUCAAUUUUCAGGUAUCUGGUCAAACAUCCGUGCGCAGAAGUCACGAGAAGAAACGUCAUGGAAACAUUCGCAAAAUUCGCAUCGGGGAAAAGCUACAGACUCCUUUUGUUCUAUGCAAUUUUAUGAGUUGGCAAUAUUUUUCUCAAAUACACGUACCAUUAAAAAGAAAUUCCUCAGGAAACGCAUGUCUUGCGAAGAAGCGUGUUGGGGCGGGUGCUGUUUUUCCAAGGGGAUUGUCACUAACCCGGUUGGACACACGGUCUGCAGAGCUAAGAAGGAAAUUAAAUCACCACCUGGCCGUACAGCAUAUCCUCCAUUUGCGUUGGGUGACUUCCAGCUCUUGCAGAACACACGUGAGGGUCCUGCCGGGCAGAAACGUAUCUGCUAGGCCAAUGCGGGCAUCGCGAUUUCUGCUGUUGACCUGUCGAUGCGUCGCAAGAAAGCCCGGCAAUGAGAUCGAUGGAUGUGCCCGGCUCACAUCCUCUUCCCACCACCCCCUCACCCAUCUGUCCGUGAGCACCUGGUACAGCGUUCUGUUUCAUUCUGUGCUCUACACUCAAGGCCUCAUUCCCUGGUCACCAACGACAGGAUCGCUGGUACCGCUGGGCCGUCGUGGGAACGUGGGAUGUGUGGGAUGCGUUUGCCAUUUCUGUGUAUGACCUACGCUGCCUCUAGAUCUUGGACCAAUUUAACUGUGAAACUAUGGCUCCACGCCAUAAACUGAAGGCCCCAGAGCCCCCACUCGCUAGCACUGAGGGUUGCCCGCCCCGGGGAGUGCUUCAGUCUGUGUCCAAUCCCACGACAACAUCGACAUUCUUGUUCUGACAUUUCUUGGUUACUGUAGUGCAGGAAAAAUACUUGGUUGGAUUUUUUGUUGUUGUUCCCCCAACCAAUUGAUUUGACAUCCUCAAAUGAUGUGCAUUCUCAGAAGCCCCUGACGGCUCCCGCGGUGCAGAUUUAGAACGUGAUGAUGCCUGAGUUCUUUUUCCCGGAGGUCCAUCCACCGAGAGUAUGGGUUUUAUCGGCGUUGGGCGGGUCCUGGGUAUUGUGCCGCGUGUCCCCGUUUCUUACGGAGAUGAGAAGGCCUUGUCUUUGCUUCACCGUCAGUGGACGGUGUCCACUUACCAAAACCGAGAAGACAAGCACAUGAACGGUUGUGUCAAUAAUGUAUUUGGGUAGUUUGAUGUGUGUGUGCGUGUGUGCAUGUGUGUCUUGAUGGGGGUGGAGUGCAGGAGGGGUGAUAUCACCAAGCGUCACGUUUCCCUGUCAAGUUUGCUUUGCAGACCCCAUGGGCUUGCAUCCAAGGGAAGGUCCUACACAGUCAAAGGCAAACGUGCUGUAAUGGUUUCCUGUCAAUUGUCCUGUUGUAACGCAUUCUGUGACGCUUUCGUUGGCUCUUCCCUGGUGGACACGACUGUUAACUUAAAGGAAAAGUCAUUAUGCGUGUGUGUGUGUGUGUGUGUUAGCAGAUGGGAUUUCAAGCCUUCUGACACUCAGGGCGUCUCGUCCUCUGAGAUGGUUUUUCAGUUCUGCAGAGCGGUCGUAGCUUCCUUCUUCCUUGCGCUGUGCUACGGGCAGCCUGGCCGGGUCACCCGUGCACGUGUCGGGGGCCCCCGGGUGGCCGUGGGAUGCCGCAGAUGCGAGAUGGAGUGCCUUUGCAGGUGCGGUGCGCCCCGGCGAGCCAGCACUGGGAGCCCUGUGGGGUCAUCCCAGCUUCUCAUGUGGAAAAAAAAAAAAAAAAAAAAAAGUCUUGCUAAUUCUUUCAAUUCUUGCACAAUGAAAAUCACUGUGAUUUGUAUAUAUAUAUACCCUAGGAAAAUUUUACUGCUGCCUAAUUUAUGUAAUAAUACUAUUCAUUCCAGGUUUGUUUAAUAAAAACUUUGUAUCUUUUAAGA